AUGAGAUACAUACUUAACAUUCCAGAACCAGAACAAGUUGAAGAAGAGCCACAAGCUAUAGAAGAAGCACAAGAUCAUAAAGAAGAGUUUGAAGAAAAGAAAAAUGAAAUUUUAGAAGAACUGACAAAAAUCGAAAAAAAGAAAUAUAAUUUCAGAAAAAUAUAUGGAAACUUGAUCAAUGCAGUAACGAGAAUGACUUAG